UUGCGUAUCUAUCCUCUUCCCUACCCCAAAAUGCGCAGCUUGCUCGAUCGAACUGGUUAUGAAUUCAAUACCAUAUCAUUUCAAAUUUGAUCCCUACAGGCAACUGGACCAGCUUAAAUUUGAGCAAAGUUGGAGGUGCACAGCCCCGCUCUGAAGCUUCUUUUGCGCUGAACCCCCGAGGAAUAUAUCUUUUUGAAGAUUUUUGCACUUACAGAUGAUAAAGAAAUUGUGCAUAGAUCGAACAACUUUUAAAAAUUCGAGCAAACAUCUGCCUAUCUUCCAUGAAGCAGAAAGACUACAUGAAAUAUAUGUGUUGUUGACUGAUUCCAGAAUGAUUGAAGAGCGUAAUUUAUGCAGGGAAUUCUCAAUUUCAAGUUUAACACUUGAUUAAGAAGUGAUGAAAGUAUUAAGAUGAUAAGAAAUUCAAGAGAAGAAGAGCUUUUAGCUAGAGAAGAAGGAGGUACCGAUGUUGACAAGUUCCCAGUAAGUUCAAGACCAUGGCCAGCACUAAAAAAUCCAAGAAUUGUACGAGCCUCACGCACAUUUGGAGGAAAAGAUAGGCAUAGCAAAGUCAGUACUAUAAGAGGAUUGAGGGAUAGGCGUGUGAGGCUCUCAGUGCCGACUGCUAUUCAAGUGUAUGACCUUCAGGAUAAGCUAGGGGUUAACCAGCCUAGCAAAGUUGUGGAUUGGUUGCUUAAUGCUGCUCAACAUGAGAUCGAUAAGCUUCCCCCACUCCAGAUGCCACCAGGAAAUUUCAUUCAAUUCCCUCAGUCCAUGGCAAUCUCUCACAAACUGGCUCCACCUCAAGCUCCCUCUUUCCAUCCCACUGGAGACGGUACUGAUUUUAUUCUUGAUGGUAGAGCUUUCCAAUUAGCCACUUCUUCUAGUGUGGCAAAUGGAGAUAUGCUAGACAGCAAUACUGUCGAGAAUGCAAUGAUGGUGCAAAAAUCCACAUUUUGGAAUUCAGAUGUACUCUUGAAGAAUAAAGAAAAAGAAGCCGUGAAGGAACCCAGCAUGGAGAAAGGCAGCAUGAUCAAAGGAAACGAUGUAGGAAGUGGAUUGCAGAAUAAUGCCAUGUCAUACCCCUCCUACCAUCACUGGGAUCCAUCUAAUGCACAUAUAUCCCAUUUAGGCCAUCCGUCUCGAGCAGAAGGGUUCCAUAGUUGUCAGCCUGUAUCGAUGUUUGCAUCAUAUAUGAAUGCUUCAACUGACUUCAAUGCAAAGCAAUACAAGCACCUUCAUAUGGAAAACUCAGCUUCACAGCUUCUCCCAUCAAAUUCUCUCAGAACUUCAUUGCAGUCAGGCAAUCCAAGCUUGGAACUUCUCCAACCAAACUUAACCUUUAAACAUCACCAUCCUCAAGACCAUCAAGAUUGAGACCAAACUGUAUGGCAAUUCUGGCGACCGCAUACAUUAACCACCUUCGUAAAGUUUGCAGAGGCAGUUGUGAGUUUAAUGUGAUUUGAAGUCAGGUAUAUGGUUUCUUGAGUGUUGGAAGUCGCAUGAAAUUUUAUGUUAUUUUUUGAUAUAUGGGAGUGAGAAAUUUAAUGUGCUAUAUGGUUUCUUGAGUGUUGGAAGUCGCAUGAAAUUUUAUGUUAUUUUUUGAUAUAUGGGAGUGUGCAUUAUUUGGUUUUCUUGUUAAUUGGCACUAAAUUUACUAUAAAGUGGAGCCUAUUGUUAUAUGUUAAA